AUGAUAAGCCCUAUCAUGAGUUCCUCGUCGAAAAUAGUGACGGUCGCGGCCGUUCAGGCAGCGCCUGUUUCCUUUGAUCUGGCAAGGAGCCUGGAGAAGCUGGGCAAGCUGACGGCUGAAGCGGCUGCCAAAGGAGCUGACCUUGUGGUGUUCCCGUGGGUUAAUUCGCCCACCAGCAGCACAGUUCUCGCAAUUGACCUCUGGGGACGAGAGUGGUACGCUAGGUACUGCAAAUCCUCCGUCGAGGUCCCCUCCCCCGAAUAUGACGUCCUCGUUGAGACAGCGCGAAACUGCAAUGUCCUGCUCCAGGUUGGCAUCAUCGAGAAGGCCGGCGGCACACUGUACUGCACAGCGCUGUUGUUGGACAGAGACGGGUCCAUGCUGUACAAGCAUCGCAAGGCAAGUUCAAUGCCCUUAAUACCAACAGCCGCUGAGCGUCUCGUCUGGGGCCGUGGAGCUGGAGAUGGCCUUGCUGUCGAGGCCACAAGCAUCGGGAAGAUCGGGAGCCUCAUUUGCUGGGAAAAUUAUAUGCCUGCGGCUCGCAUGGCUCUUUACCAGCAAGGCAUCGAGAUAUAUCUGGCUCCGAACGCCGAUGACCUCCCUGCUUGGACAGCGACAAUGCAGCACAUUGCCAAGGAGGGCCGUUGCUUUGUCAUUUCUGUGAACUCCGUCUGCCGUGUCUCCGAUUUUCCCGAUGACUACCCCCCUUUCACACCGGAACACCACGAUAGAAGACCCGAUGGAGGGAAAUGGGAGAAGAAUGAUAUCGUCAACCACGGUGGUUCUUGUGUCGUGGGCCCACUGGGACACUUUCUUUCCGAACCACUCUGGGACAAGGAAGCAAUUAUUUACGCCAAGCUAGACUUGGGUGAGAUCCAUGAGUCUCGGCUCGAUUUCGAUCCUGUGGGGAGUUACUCUCGGCCGGAUAUUUUCGGCCAGGAGGAAAUUCGCCACGCCUCCGGCCAAGGUGGCGUGUCUGUCAUGUGCCAGAACCAAUGCCGCGAGUGCGUGUACAAGCCUAGCAGGCGAGGUGGCUCUCGCGCGCGAAGAAAGGACCGUCCGCUGCCGGACGACGUCGCAGAGCGUGCGAGACAGGUCAGGAUGGCUGAGGAGAAGCAGGAGAGGGAAAGGCAUGACCCUAUCUCAGUUGCGAACUAUAUCGAUCCCGGAGCGGGACUCGCGCAGAUCCAGGAGGACUUUUAUCAAGAUAGCGACCUCAUCUUCGACAGUUUGUUCGCAUCCGAAACAACCUCCGUCAGAAACAACACAGCUGGACAGGACGAUGUUCCGGACAUGGACGCCGGGAAUAGGCCGGAAACGGGACUGGAAACUCUACCGCAGGUUCCUAUGGUCCGAACAUACAGCAGCGAUGCUGCCAUUCUGGAGGCAUACUAUGUCUUCAUACACGCCUACUUCCCGAUCCUGCCCCCACCGGUGGAUGUGCCUGUGGACAGACCGUUGGCCCAAUACCAGAACCAGAUGAGAGACGAUGAGUUCGAGCCAUCGUCCCCCAUAUCACUGGCCAUCUCCGCCAUUCUAGCCCUGAUCCCCUGCCCUGACGACAUGAAUCACCAAGACCACGAGUCUGUUCUUUUUCGGCGUAAAUACGCCCAGUAUCUGGCCCAAUCGGCAAUCGAGAGCAUCGAGAUCGAGAACGAAAUACCUCACUCAUCCGUCGAGCCGGCUCAGGCGCUCGAGCAGGCAACCGAGGAGACGGCGAACGUGCACUUAGGGAUAUCCUCUGCCACUCGGAUGCCCUUUCAUCCUGGCGUCCCGCUCAAUCUCGAGUCGGUCAUCGCUCUCGACAUCCUCAGUGUCUAUGAGUAUGCCCAGCGUGGUAACAUCAAGAAGAUGCAGAGCCGGGCCGGUCAAGCACUUGUGGCGGCGAUGGCUCUGGGUCUACAUACAACGCCCGACGGGGCUGAGGCGGUCGAGGCCAAGCGAAGGGUCUGGUGGAUGACGUACGUUUGUGUCUGCCAAGGAUCCAUCGUGGGUAACACGAAUCCGACGUUCGAAGUUUUUGCGCAGCGCUUCACAACCAAAUUUCCCAUCAUCGAGGCAGACCCAGAGGCCCAACAGGCCAUUCUGGCUGCGACACAGUUCGUUGUCGAGCUCAACAAGACAGUUCAGGCCGGCGACGAUAUGACACGCAUCUAUGCGCGAAUGAAGGAGUUUGAGCUCUUCCUUGAGCCUCUCAAUACCAGUGCCAAUCUCUGGGACCUACCCGGCACCAUCGCCUCCCCCGUUGACCCUACGGAGCAAGUCCUCACACGCUCUUUGAGAUGCAUGGCUCGCAUCAAGCUUAACAGCGCCCGCAUCAAGGUCCACCGGUACUGUGCCUUCUAUGAUCAUCCGGUGUUCUCUCGCAGACACUGCGACCUCACGUCUGUGCCUUCAGAAUGGACGACGGGAGCCGGUGCAAGAGUGGAUGGAAUCCAGCAGGAGCCAAAGCAGUCGGACAGCUGCUCGUGCAGCUCCUCGUUCUCCUUCAACAGCAUCAGCAUCUCACCACCACCUCCGUUCUCUGCACUUCGAGCUGGCACUUCUGGAAUGUCCAGCAUGCCCGUCUUAACCCCUUCAGACACCAGCAGAUCUUCCUUUUCUUCCUCCAAUAUCCCCACCACCUCUCCAUCAGCCCGUACUAACCAUAAUUACCCCUCGCGUUCUUUCCCUUUCAGCAGCCACCAGUCUGCUAAGAUUUGCCUCAAGUCUGCCCUCAACAUCACCCAGUCCUUUGCUGGUCUGCCUUAUCCGAACCCCACUGGAAUUCAGCCCCCACCCCCGACAACGCGGACCCAGCAGCAAGAAAACAGUCCCACCGGCUCAGCCAAUCCAGCCAGCAUUCCCAGCCAGGUUCAGCAGUUGUGCUGUCUGUCUUCUCCGACCUGUUCGGCAACUGCCGUCGUGGCCCCACGCACGAUGCCCGCAUUUGCCUGCUGUGCGAUGCAGUGCGCCUACGCCCUGCUUAUGGUGGUUCACAAAACCAACGCACUGUACCCAGCUGGUCUGGAGCAGCAGCAGGGUGGUGAGACUGGCAGCGGAGACGACAAUGGCCUCUUGGCUGCCAGCCUGCUUACACGUCUUCGGCAAGGGCUGGCGUCUAUUCUGGCCACCUUGGAAAAUUACGGAGUGGCGUUUGAGGCUCUAGGUGGCAUGCGAGACCAAAUACGAAGCGCCGCCGAUCCGUUUCUCACACCGACGUAA